AUGGGUAGAGGCGGCUUCGCGCUGAACACCGGUGCUUACCGUGAGCUGCGCACGAAAGGAAAGGGCAAGGGCAAGGGAUCCAAAGGCGGCAAGGGCAGCGGCAAGUCAAAAAGCAAGCUUGCCUUUCAAAAGAAGCUGCUCAAGAAGAAGGCUCAGAAGGCCGAGGCGAAGAAGAAUGCCCAGCAGGAGUCCUCGGAUGAGGAGGUUGACACCCAGGAUGUUUUCUGGCGACCGACCUGGGACACACUGGGCCCUCUUCAGGAGGUGAAGGAUAAGGGCGACAUGAACCGAUUGGGUCGGAAGCGGGAGAAGACGGGCAAAGACGACUUUGGCUUCGGCGUUUUGCUGAACCGAGCACCCGUCCUGCGAUCCAAGAAGAGCCUGGAAGCGUGGGGGGCUCAAAUGGCAGCAGCUGCAACGCAGGAGGGAGCGUGA